AUGGGUGACAAUUUGGCAUACCGACCAAAGGGUGAUUCGGACGAGGCUGGUAGGAAUGACGACCCCGAUGAGGAGGAAGAGGAGGUGGAUGAAACUGGCUACAAGACCGUCCGAGAUGCGGUUCUGUUUGCCGUCGAGGUCAACAAGUCCAUGCUCAAGGUGCCACAAUCAUCAUCUGCCUCGAAACGUUCCGACAACUCUUCACCCCUGUUGGCCGCACUGAAAUGUGCAUACCAUCUCAUGCAGCAGCGAAUCAUCUCGACGCCCAAGGAUCUCAUGGGUAUCUUGCUCUUUGGAACAGAAGCCUCCAAGUUCUACGACGAGGAUGAAGAUUCCAAGGGUGGUUGGUCUUUUCCUCACUGCUACCUUCUCACAGAUCUAGAUGUGCCCGAAGCAGACGAUGUUAAGGCUCUCAAAGAGUUGGUCGAAGCCGAGUCUCCAGAGUCGGCCGAUAUCUUCAGGCCGGCAAAGGAGCCUGUCUCUAUGCACAACGUUCUUUUCUGUGCCAACCAGAUCUUUCAGCAGAAAGCUGCCAAUUUCACCUCACGCCGGUUGUUUAUCGUCACGGAUAAUGACGACCCUCAUUCAUCCAACAAGGAGUCUCGGUCUCAGGCCACCGUGAGAGCGAAAGAUCUGUACGACUUGGGUGUGACAAUUGAACUGUUCCCAAUCUCCACCUCGGAUCACACCUUUGAUACGAAACUCUUCUGGGACGACAUCGUUUACCGGUCGUCGCCUUCGGAUCCUGAUGCGAUCGUCCACAACCCACCGUCCAUUGUGGAUGCAGAUGGUUCGAAGUUGGUGAGCGGCGCUGGCGACGGCAUCUCCUUGUUGCAGUCCUUGCUAUCCACCAUAGCCUCCAAAGUUGCACCGAAACGUGCACUGUUCUCUUCUGUCCCGCUUGAGUUGGCCCCAGACUUCAAGAUAUCUGUCAAGGGAUAUCUGCUCUACAAACAUCAAAAGCCGGCUCGCAGUAGUUACAUCUACCUUGGGUCCGAAAGACCCCAGAUUGUCACUGGUUUCACAGAGCAAGUCGCAGACGCCGAGGAGGAUCGCCGAGCAGUAGAAAAGGCCGAAAUUCGCAAAGCGUACACCUUUGGAGGAGAGAAAAUCACGUUUACUGACGAAGAAGUCAAGAAACUGCGCAACUUUGGGCCGCCUGUCAUCCGCGUGAUUGGAUUCAAGCCAAUGUCCAGGUUACCCAUGUGGGCGAACAUGAAAAAUUCCACCUUCUUGUAUCCAUCAGAAGAGGAUGUUGUGGGUAGCACACGUGUUUACAGCGCACUGCAUCGCAAACUGGCCAAAGAUCAACUGUUUGGUCUGACAUGGUUCGUUCCGAGAAAGAAUGCUGCUCCGGUGAUGGCUGCUCUGGUUCCAACACUCAGUGCUGAAGGCAGCGACGAGAAGCCCAAUGCUGCCGGUGUAUCUGCCACUGGCGCACCCCAGGGCUUACAUCUGAUUCCUCUGCCGUUUGCGGACGAUAUCCGACAGAACCCGCCAAGUACUCAUGAGACUCCUUUGCGUGCACCAGAUGAGCUCGUUGACGCAAUGAGGCCUAUCGUCCAGCAGUUAAAUCUUCCAAAGGGCAUCUAUGACCCUUCAAAGUAUCCCAACCCUAGCCUACAAUGGCAUUAUAGGAUCCUCCAAGCGCUAGCUCUCGACGAUGAGAUCCCCGAAAAGCCCGAAGACAAGACGAUACCGAAAUUCCGGCAGAUAGACAAACGUGUAGGAAGCGAGACCAUAGAAUGGGGCAAAAUGUUGGAGAAGGCCUUCAAGCAGUAUCUAGCGGAAAAUCCAGACACGGUACCUACGGGAUCCAAGAGAGGCACCGCGAAUGGAGCAGCUGCUUCGUCAAGCGCAGCAAGCAAGAAAGUCAAGACAGAGGCGGGGAAUUGCACGAACGAAGAGGAGAUCCGGAAACUUUGGCAGAAAGGGCAACUGGCGAAACUGACAGUUGCAGAGCUGAAAGAUUUUUGUGCAACGAAGAAGAUUCCCACUGGUGGAAAGAAGGCUGAUAUCGUCGAGAGAAUUGAGGAAUGGCUGGAAAGCAAGUGA